AUGUCGGCUGAUUUGUUUGCCGAAUUCAACAGCAAUCCGCCACCUCCUCAACAACCACCAAUUCCGCCAGCCGCAAGUCAGCAGAGCAAGCCCGCAAGGGACCCCUUUAGCUUUGGCUUCAACGAUUUCACAACAGCAGCAGCUUCGCCAGUUGAGAGAUGGCCCCCCAUCCAAUCUCAGCCCAGCGGAGCUAUCAAUUGGGCUGCUGCGGCCCCAGCACCUCCGCAGACUGCACCAGCACCACAGGCGUUCGAUGAUGCUGAUGACGAUGGCUGGGGCGACUUUGAGACGGCAAAGCCUGCUCCGGCAGCAUCUGCAAUUAACAAGCCUUCCGAUCCGUUUGGGGCCUUUUCCGCCCCAUCCAAGGAGCCUGAGACCAGAAAUCGGCCUUUCCGGGCUCCCUCCAUCGAUAUCAUGACCAAUACCUUGGUCGACGUCCAAGCAAAUAGGCCCAACAACGCUGGCCCGUCAUGGAACUCAACGCCAAGCAAUGCAAGGUUCUCUAUGCCUUCAGCACCGACAGGUUCCAACGUGCUCUUCGAUGCCGAUGAUUUUGAGCUCCAGGAACCGGAUUUGGAUGAGGAUGAUGAUGAAUUUGGUGAUUUCGAAGCGGUGGCACCAGCACCGAUGCAGCCAAAGCAAAGCUCCACAUCCAAACCCGCAUCUUCUUUCAACUCUGCGCCGUUGCUAGACCUGCUCUCUCUUGAUGAACCUCCGCAACAACAACAGCAGCAGCAGCAGCAGCCUAUGAAGAAAGUGGCUCACAAGCAACCGCCUCCUCAGCUCUUGGGCGCACUGAGCUUUGGGGCGGCAUCCACACUUCCUAACCCACCUAAAUCGCCAUCGUUUCAGGAGCGGAAUCCCUUCCCAGAUCUUGGCAUCAAGACGAGUGUACCAACGGUUGAUGCCGUCAAGAAAACACGUGAUGCUCCGAAGUCAGCAACACCAGCUUUCGAUGAUGAUUGGGAUGCGUGGGAUGAUACUGCUAGCGGGCCCGGCAAUAAGAAAGAUGUUGCUCACAGCAUUCCUCAGUCUGAGAAUUGGGAUUGGGGCGCUGGUGAUGACAGUGAAUCUAACGCUAUAAAGGCAAACGACGAUGACCCUCCCCCAACCAAUGUUCCACCACCGUCCGUCAUCUUGUCUGCCUUUCCCAAUCUCUUCAGUUCAGCGAAUGCCUUUUUCAAGCCAAUGUCUGGUCAUAGUGCCUCCAUCAAGCAGCAGGUUCUUUCUAACCCUAAAGCCAUCCACUUUCUCCAGGGUUAUAUCCUCCUUGCCACGACUGCUGCUCGAGUAAUAGCUGGUCGUAAGCAUAGGUGGCACAGGGACAAGAUUCUGGCCAAAAGCAUGUCCAUCUCGGCCGCUGGCAGCAAGGGUAUGAAGCUUGCGGGUGUCGACAAAACCCAGUCAGCUCGAGAAGACAGAGAGGCAGCAGAUGUGGUAGCUGUGUGGCGCGAAUACGUGGGACGCCUACGAUCUGCCGUGGCAGCUGCCAACACUGAGGGUAAGCUCAGUCUCAAGGUGCCUGAGCUGAGCGAGAAUAUGCUGGUCCAAACUGCAAAGAUGGUGCCCACCGGGCCUAAACCAUGUAUAAUAUGCGGGCUGAAGAGGGAAGAGAGAAUAUCAAAGGUUGAUUACGACAUAGAGGACAGUUUUGGGGAGUGGUGGGUUGAGCACUGGGGCCACAGAGCCUGUAAGAACUUUUGGAUAGAACACGAGCAGAAAUUACGACAGCGUUGA